CAUCUCACGACUGAAACAUUCACGUGUCGUUAUGGUCACUAGCUUUUAGCUAAUCAACAAAAUAGUUUAAAAUGCGGGUUAAAAAGAAUAAGGAGGUGAAAAAAGUAACUGACGACCCUGUUAAGAAUUUUGAGAAAUGGAAAAAGAGGUAUGAUAAAACUAAGACCCGUAUCAAACGAGUAAAACAGACGACUAAGAAGAAACGCGAUUGGGAGGUCGAGAGAGAAAACAUCCAGAGGCUGGUGAAUAAAUACUCAGAGAUCAAUCCCAAAGAGGCUGUGAAGUUUUCUGAUUUUCCACUUUCUAAGAAGACUCUGAGAGGUCUCCUUGAGGCUCAGUACAGGCAGCCCACAGAGAUUCAAAGGCAGACUAUUGGCUUUGCUUUGCAAGGAAGAGAUGUUCUUGGUGCUGCAAAGACGGGUUCUGGAAAAACCUUGGCCUUUCUCAUUCCGGUUUUGGAGUGCUUGUACCGUGAACAGUGGACUGCGAUGGAUGGCCUUGGUGCUCUCAUUAUCUCUCCCACACGAGAACUGGCCUAUCAGACGUUUGAGGUGUUAAGGAAGGUCGGCAAGAAUCACGAAUUUUCUGCCGGACUUAUAAUUGGUGGCAAGGACCUGAAAGACGAAUCUGAGAAAAUCCAUCGCACAAAUAUCAUCAUUUGUACUCCAGGACGUCUACUGCAGCACAUGGAUGAGACCUCUGCCUUUCAUGCUUCAAAUCUGCACAUGCUUGUGCUGGAUGAAGCUGACCGGAUUCUGGACAUGGGUUUUGCUGACACCCUCAAUGCUAUUGUGGAAAAUCUCCCAAAAACACGACAGACCCUUCUCUUCUCUGCUACUCAAACCAGAUCCGUCAAAGACCUGGCUAGACUGAGUCUGAAGAACCCGGAGUAUGUUUGGGUCCAUGAGAUGGCCAAGUUCAGUACCCCUGCCACUCUGGAGCAGAACUAUGUGGUGUGUGAUCUGCACCAAAAGGUCAACAUGCUCUACUCGUUUUUGAGGAGUCACCUUCAGAAGAAGAUCAUAGUCUUUUUUGCUUGCUGUAAAGAGGUUCAGUAUCUGUUCCGGGUGUUCUGCCGCUUACGUCCGGGUAUCUCUGUACUUGCUCUGCAUGGUAAACAGCAGCAGAUGAAGAGGAUGGAGGUUUACAAUGACUUUGUCCGCAAAACGUCUGCUGUACUUUUUGCUACAGAUAUUGCUGCCAGAGGGCUGGAUUUUCCAGCUGUGAAUUGGGUGUUGCAGUUUGACUGCCCUGAAGAUGCAAACACAUACAUCCACAGGGUUGGGAGAACAGCCAGGUAUAAAGAGGGUGGCGAGGCUCUUCUGGUACUGUUGCCCUCAGAAGAGAAGGGCAUGAUUGCACAGCUUCAAGAAAAAAAGGUUCCCAUCAACAAAAUCCAGGUGAACCCAGAGAAGUUGUUGUCUGUACAACAGAAGCUGGAGGCCUUCCUGGCCCAGGAGAUAGAGCAGAAGGAACGAGCGCAGAGGUGUUUUGUGUCCUACCUUCGCUCUGUUUAUCUGAUGAAGAACAAAGACGUCUUUGAUGUUUUCCAGCUUAAACUCCCUAAUUAUGCCAUGUCACUGGGUUUGGCUAUGGCGCCACGGGUCCGUUUCCUCAGUAAGGCCCAGCAGCAGAGGAGCGGAGGCGUGCAGAACGAUGACAGUGCUGCAGGAGGCGAGUCUGAAGAUGAGCUGCAGAGCUUUAAAGACCAACUCAGAGGAGAAAUGCCAGAGUCUCAGGUCUUACAGUCUGAGGAGGAAGAUACUGAUGAUGAUGAUUAUGAAGAGGAGGAUGAGGAAAGAGUGAAGCCUGCAGCUCUGCUCUGUGGCUUUAAUGAAGAGGAGGAUGAGGAUGAAGACUUAUUGACAGUCAAGUGUAAAGAUGUGUUCAAUAUCAGUGAAAGCAGCCAGAAUGAAGAGGACACAGAUGCUCAAGCCAAGAAAAAGAAACAAAAGGAGUCCAAAUACACAGAGGCAAAGAAAGUAAAGAAAAGAAACUUCAAGGUUAACACCAAGAAGACCUUCACUGAAGAGGGAGAGAUGGUACAGCAGUGGCCUCCGCUGCAGAGAACCAUGGUACCAGAUAAAGAGGAGGCAGAUGAGGAGACAUCGGGCAUUAAUUUGGAGGCAGCCAAGGAACAACUCCGCAAAGAGGACCAGGAGUUUGACAAGAUUGAGUUCCGCCGUAAAAUCCAGGAGAGACACAGGGAGAGAAGGCUUAAGGAGAAAGCAGCUCGAAGGGAGACCAGCAAACAGCAGAAAGAGGAGAAAAAGAAAGCUGCUGAUAAUGAUAAAGUUGAUCACGACGACGAUGAUGAUGAUGAGGAGGAGGAGGAGGAGAUGGUGGCAUACCUGUCUGGUGCUGAAGAAUUUGAUCCCAGCACCCUGCCUGAUCCCGACAAACUGUGCAAAUCGGAGUCUUCCUCUGAGGACGACAGUGAUGCAUCAGAUCAUGCUGGUAGGAAGAGAACCUUCAGCAGCAGUGAGGAGGAUUAUAGUGAAGAUGAAGAGCAGCAGAGAGCUUUCGACAGGAAGAAACCCAAGAAGGAGUCCAUAGUUCCUCAUCUGGACACUGGCCUUUCGCUGGCUGAAGAUGAGGAGCUUGUGUUGCAUCUUCUUGGAGGUCACAGCUAGUGGCUUUAAAAGAAGAGCCAUUUUCCCAACAAUCUCUUUAGAAUUCGAAUGGAUGCUUAUUCAGUGUACCUGUAUGUUGAGUAUAUACAUUAUAAAAAUGCCCCUUUCCUAAUAAAAUUCUAUCCUGAUUGUGAACUCGACUUUAAAGAUUUAAUUUAAGAUGCAUCUUUAUAUCUCUUACUCUAGAAUGUGUUCACUGUAGGGCCAGAAGAAUGUGGACACUCUAAUACCAAACCCUUAUGUGCUUGUUGAACUUCUAAUUUCAAAAUGUGACAUAUGUAGUAUAUAUGUAGGCUAUGUAGAUUAGGUGUGUUGUGUGGGCUAUAAUUAAUGUCCCUUUCUUGCCCCUUCCUCCUGUUAACUUCCUCUCCUCCUGAAGACAGGAAUUGAAUUCUCAGGUGGCGUCUUGCCAGACAGCCUCAGAUUACCUAAAAACUCCUGUUUUGCAGUGAAGCAAAAAGAGUCGGUGCGGCUGAUGUCACUCUUGAUAGAGAAAGUCCCAGGAGCCAUCUAUAACCUUUUACUGUUAAACUGCUUUCAUUAUUUCUAGUAUGAAUAUCGCCUUCCUGUUAGAUUUAACUGUUGUUUAAUGUGUUAUUUACUCUACCUCAUUUCUGUGUUUGAAAAUUAAAUGGAGGAUUCUAGAUGAGAAUGAUGCUUUGCAGGUAUUGUCCAUAUUCAACACAAAUCCAGCCUUUUGAGUUGUAUGGGUAUCUGCAUUCAGCCAGCUCAUGUCAGGAAGGAAAUUGGGGUUACAUAUGACAAAAGUCCAUGUUCAGCACCAGCAGAACUUUGCAUUACUCAACAAUGACCGUAUCUAACAAUGCUGCUCUUAACUUGAGUCCCUGUGUUCAGAGACGUUAAUGGAAACUUCUCAGAGAGAACUAUCACUUCUGUCUCAUGACAUCAGAGGCACUGCAUAUAAUCAUUUGUAAUACAUGACUAACUCACAUUUGACCACACAUGUAUCACCAAUGAUGUAAGUUUCCGUUGACUAAUGCUCAUAUUGUACAGCUGCUUUUCAACAUACUGUUGCCCCAAAAAGUA